AUGGCAGACGCUGUUAAAACUGCCAAGCAGGGGAUUGCCAAAAAUGUUUCUUCCACGGGGCACCUGGGUCCACUUUUAGAUCUGUUUUCCUUUGUCGAUAAACCAUCAGAGAUUCCUUAUACACCACGGAAACGAAAAAGCAAGAAAAGAAGAACCAAAGAAAGAGCAAAAAACAGGCCUGACAGUGGUAACAAUGGUCAUGAAAGGAAAGCAAAAGUGGAAAAGAAAAGUUCUCAACCACCGCAGCCAGCCACUUAUCCAUAGUGAGCAGUUGUGUAUUUCAUUUAACAGGGGCACCCAACGAGAAUAUAGUUCAAAACCACUUAAACAUAGCAUUGUUAAACGUGUUUUAGUAUUUAAACGGUGGAUAUGGGCAUAUUUUUAUCCCCUUUAAAUUUUCCAUCUGUUCGGAUUUCCUAGCUGAAAGUCUAGUGAUCCGAAAAUUAUAGGGAUCAAAACUUACCUGUUGGAAAAUUUCAGCCAGAAAAAAGGCUCCCGAAAAUUCUAGGUGACCUUUUUAGGGUAAAAAUCCGUUGAAGAUGGGCAAUUUUACCUUUUUUUAGAUGUUCGAAAAUCCUAGGAGAGGCUAGCCUGCGUAGCAAUCGAGAUAUUGCGCGAAAGUUAGAGCGGAAGCAAAAAAAAGGUUAUUCAUUUUUUUUUUUGCUCUUGUCCCACUUUCUAGACGAACUUCGCGAGGAAACGCUUGCUACGCAGGCUAAGGAGAGGCAAGCAAGCAAGAAAUUUUACAACAACUGGUCCGAAAAUUCUAGAUCUCAAAUCGUUUUCCGAACAGAUAUUUUCCCGAAAAUUGUCGUUGGGUGCCCCUGAUUUAAUUCAUAAACACCUUUCAAACACGUAGUACGUAUUUUUGUUUUGAGCCUUUCAUAAAGUGUAUCUGGCUCCAAAGGACGGAAGUCAUUAGCUUCAACCACGAUGUGCAAACAAGUUUGAACUCCUCUAUGAAAAGCUCCUGGAUCUGCUUCUGAGUUCUCUCGAUCAUUUUCAAUACAUACAAAGAGACCAAAACAUUAUAUUCUUGACCCAGCAGUAUUGUGAUUUUGUCACUAACUAGACUUCUUUUAGUAUCUUUUACUUUUAGGUUAUCCCCAAACUGUAUUGAUUUCUUUUUUAGUAUUCUUUCGAUUUAUGCCAUUUUUGUAUGUGUUCAUGUUUGUCAAAUCAGAUAUAAAUAACCCGAUGGACUAUUUAUUUCCCUGCUCGCUCAGUUAUUUUUAUCCUAUUCAUGGGGUUGCUUGUUUUCAUCAUAGUCGAAGCGAUGAAGAUACAAUCCGUGAGAUCAUGGCAGACGCUUCGAGACGCUAUCAGAUCAGCCAAGCAGAGAAUCGCCAAAGCUGCAUCUUAUAUGGAGCACAUUGA